UCUUGCGGAAACGUGUGGACUACAGAGACAAUAUUUCUACAAGGGAAACCUGUUAGCUGACAUCGUGAUUGUGGUUAAUGAAUGGAUUUAGCGUGUUUCUCCAACUCGCAACGCCUUUCCUGCCACAUCAUGAACCCGGAUUUAUUCAAACCUAGUCCAGAAAGGGUACAGGCUGCCCAUCCAGUGAAACCAAACCGGGGAAAAUCGGAACAAAUACGACCGGAAUUGGCUCAAGUGGUGAAUGACUCAAAGACGGGAAGGUCUUACUGCAAAGGAAAGCUGUUGGGAAAGGGUGGUUUUGCACGAUGCUACGAAAUGACAGACCUUGCCAGCAACAAGAUGUAUGCUGUGAAGGUUAUCCCACAGAGCCGAGUGUCAAAACCGCACCAGAGGGAGAAGAUAACAAAUGAAAUUGAGCUCCACAAAACCCUGCAUCACAAGCAUGUGGUGAAAUUCUCGCACCAUUUUGAAGACCAGGACAACAUCUACAUCUUUCUGGAACUCUGCAGCAGGAAGUCCCUGGCGCACAUCUGGAAAGCGCGGCACACGCUCACGGACCCUGAAGUUCGGUACUAUCUCCGGCAGAUCAUAUCGGGCUUGAAAUACCUCCACAACAAAGGCAUCCUCCACAGGGAUCUCAAGCUAGGUAAUUUCUUUGUGAAUGAGAACAUGGAACUGAGAUUGGGAGACUUUGGGCUGGCAGCCAAGCUUGAGCCUGUGGAGCAGAGGAAGAAAACCAUCUGUGGAACUCCAAACUAUCUGGCCCCAGAAGUGUUGAACCGGCAGGGGCAUGGGCCUGAAUCGGAUGUUUGGUCCCUGGGCUGUGUCAUGUAUACUCUGCUAUGUGGGAACCCACCAUUUGAGACACUGGACCUGAAGGAAACCUAUAAGUGUAUCAAGGAGGUGCGGUACACCCUGCCCUCAUCCCUCACACCUGCUGCCCAGAAGCUGAUCUCUGGCAUCCUGCAGAAGAACCCCAGUGACCGCCUCACCUUGGACCAGAUCCUCAGCCACGAGUACUUCACCAAGGGCUUCACUCCAGACCGACUGCCCCCAAGCAGCUGCGUGAUGGUUCCAGAACUCAACCCACCCAGCCCUGCCAAGAAGUUCUUCACCAAGAUGGCCAAAAGCCUCUUUGGAAAGAAGAAAUCCAAAGUGGAGAAGACCCCCUGCGAUGAGCGGGAUGAUAUCUCCAAGCUGGUGACCGGCAUAGUGAAGAGCUCCAUCAGCCGGCAGAUGAGCUACAAGACCGUGGAGGGGAAUGAGGCUACCUCUCCCAGUGGUCAGCUGGCCAGCACCAGCCCACUGGACACUCAGGCAGAGGAGGAGUCCAGGAAGUCCACCUCUCGCUCCUUCAAAGGCACUGUGGCCAGCAGCACUGAAGCUUGUGAAGAUGGCCUCACCCCUGUUGUUGUGGCUGAGUCCGCAAUGAAGGUUCUCAACAGCUGCCUGUCCUCCAUGCCAGCAGCCUCGAGAAACCCACCUUGUCUCUCUAGACCCAAAUCCUUCGUCUGGGUCACAAAGUGGGUUGACUAUUCUAACAAGUACGGCUUUGGCUACCAGCUCUCCAAUCGGAACAUCGGUGUGCUAUUCAACGAAGGGACACAUCUCAGUUUGUGCGACCAGCGUAGGACCGUCCACUACUACUUGACCAAUAAUAAGCGCUUCACCUUCCAAGUGUCCACUGUUCCCGAGCAGCUGCGUAGCCAGAUGCAAAUCGUGGAGUACAUGGCCAACUACAUGGAGCAGAACCUAAUGGAGGGUGGAGACCUCCACUGUGCUGACCCGGCCCCGUCUUCCUCUCCUCUGCUCCUGCAGUGGGUCAAGACGGACCACGCACUCGUCAUGCUCUUCAGCAAUGGCACCCUGCAGGUGAAUUUCUACACUGAUCACACAAAGAUCAUCCUGUGCAAGAGCUCCGACUCCUACCUCCUGACCUACAUCAGCCGUGAGCGCAUCUCCUAUACGUACCCUCUGAGCGCGCUCGCCGAGCACGGCUGCUCCACCGAGCUGCGCCACCGGCUCCGCUACGUCCUCCAGCUGCUGCAGCACCACGCAGGCGCCUAAGCGGCCCCUCCCUCAGGACUCCUACGGGCUCCGCCCACGAGCCACCAUCUGCUGCUUUUCUGCUUCCAUUAGGGAGCGAAUCGGGGGACUCCGCCCGCUGGGAGGAGUCUCUGUCUCCGGCUAGUGUCUGGCCUCUUUGGACUAUGGUGCACAUUUUUUUCGUUUUUCCUUUUUAAACAAAACCCACAGCCAACUGCAAUAUCACACUACUGGCUUGACUCACCUCACACCACUUGACCUUGUCCCUUCUGCCAAUGCACAGAUUUACCGAAUUGACCUGCAAGUGUCAUGCAAAGGGCAGCCAGGUGACUCCCACUCAAGAAAAAAAAACUGCUGAGGGACUAUUUUUUUGUUGUUGAUGCUUUAAAAUCACAUAUGUUUAAAGCAACCUUUUAUGAAAGAAUUCAGCUUCACUAUACGGUACACACCAGGUAGGGAAAGCAUGGGUGGGAGAUUGGUAAAAAUGUGACACGUUAUUUGCACUAUGAAUCAGUUUUAUUUCAUUGGGAGGCAAGCAUUUUUUAUCACUAGUUAGUGUUUUAUUUGUUUUUUAAAACUAUAGAUACCAAAAGGUCAUUCCUUUUAAAAUUUAAAAUGAGGGCAAGUAAAAAAAGUAUAAAAAAAAGUCUUAACCUGGCUGAAAAGAGCAUGCUCUACUGUCAGAUGAUGGCCAAGCUUCAUGUAGUUACUGAAUGUGAUGGGUGUUGGGGAGGGGGGGGGUAAAGUGCCUUUUGGAGGGAAAACUAAAUUGUGCAAUAAUGCCCCUUCAGAAUCUUGAAAGCUAAACACACAAAGGGAAUUUGAAAAAUGGGCUUAAGGGGUGGGGAAAAUUAGUUUACUUUGUUUUUGGUUUCAUUGGGAUUGGGUGAGCAAAUUGAUAUUAAAAAAAAAAAAUUAGAAAGCAGCAUCACUACCUUGUACAUGCUUUUUGUGGUGAAAGGAUCAGAUACCCCUGUAAUCCUAGUAACUUGUACGUAAAACGUGUACACCUUCCGUUGCUCCCCGUGCUAAGUGAUACUUUGCAUCCUCUGCCCUGAAAUCAUAUCCCUUUGUGAACUGUGACCUUGAGCCUAAGUGUUAUUAUUAAAACUAACGAGUAUUGUGUUUGCAAAAACCACAAGGUGAAAGCCAUUGCCCUUUCACAUAAUUUAAAUGUCCUGUAAGUUAUUUACAAACUUGUGGCACAUCUGUCCUGUCUUUAAUAUUUAUUUUUAUUUAUACAUUUUUUUUAUUUAUUCAUGUUUACAUCUUGUGUGGUGUUGACACCUGGGGAAAUGUUCAAUAUCAC